ACUUUUUCCAGUCUACUAUCUAUACUUGCAUUAAUCAGCUUGUUGAAGUUAUGCCCUGUCUUUAGACUUCAAAAAGUUGCCCUCUUUAAUUAGGGACAAAAGUGAAAGGAUCAGAGCUUGAUCCUUUCUUAAGUUCUAUAGAUGUCACGCAUAUCUAAAGGCACGCGCCUUGGAUACGUCCGAUUCUUUUUUUGUUCCGAACAGCCAAUCAGAACGCGCAGUGCAAACGCGUGCCACCAUCCCGCUAUAAAUACUGGUCGCGUGUCAAGAGGAAACUCACUCUCCACAUACAUCGCUCCGCUCGAGCCACUACUGUAUUUCAAACAGCUAGAGCCUACAUUCAUCCAAACCAAGAUGGUUAAUGAAGGAAAAGCCCUCUCCGAAGCCUUGCUGUCUGCCAAGGCGGAGGGUCGCCUCACUGUUGGCGUCUAUGAAUGCGCAAAAAUCAUGAAUGAGGACCCUGACAGUGUGUCUUUCUGCCUUUUGGCCACUGAUGACUUCGAGUGCGACAUCGCCCUGCAGAUCCAUUUCACUCUCAUUCAAGCGUUUUGCUUCGACAACGACAUCAGUAUCGUCAGAGUUAACGACCUGAAGAGACUCAACGCUCUCGUUGGUGGAAAAGGUCAACUCGAGGAGGCUCACUGUGUGCUUAUAACGAACCCAACUGAGGACUCCUGGGAGGAUCCAGCUCUGGAGAAGCUGCACCUGUUCUGUGAAGAGAGUCGCAGCUAUAACGAGUGGGUUCCUGAGAUCACUCUGCCCGAGCGUUGAUCUGGAGCUUUACUCUUCUCUGCUGAGUUGCUGUAAACCUUGAGGAAUACUCUGCUCAUCCUUGAAGCGAGGAUGAUGAUGUUUCCACAUCCCUGGAUGCUCCUGAGGAGGCUGAACCGUCCAGGCAGCGCGAGGCAGGCCCGAGUGGCCCUCGCGGUUCUACGUCGUUUCUCGUCCCGUCCAUGCCAAGAUGACCCUCAUUCUUUAUGUGAACGAGGUCAGGUAUGCCACGAGAGCGACACAAUGGCCCUCAUUCUUUGUGCGGAUGAGGUUUGGAGAAGAUGGAGAAGCGAGUUUGUUUCUGUUUCACAGAGCAAAUAUCGCAUGCGUUGGACACGCAGAGGACGCGGCGGUGCGUCGGAGCAGCGUUUUUAAAAAUGGACUUUAACAUCACGGACGUUUUUAAAAAUGUUAUUGCUGCACAAUAUAACGUAGCUUAUUGUCGGCAAUGUGCUUUCCACUUUCCAGAGUUGUCUUAUUCUCUAAAGGUUUAACUUUAGAAAUAUUCAUAUGACAAAAAAGAGAAAAAAGAAAAAAUAAAUAACUGAAAAUGAUGACAUAUAAGUGUCUAUAGGUUUCACUUUAGACAUAUUCAUGACAUAAAAAAGAAGAAAAAAAAAACUAACUUAAAAUAACAACUGAAUGUCUAAAGGUUUCACUUUAGAAAUAUUCAUGACAAAAAAGAAAAAAAAAGAAAAAAAGAAAAAUAACUUAAAAACGUUUAAAGGUUUAACUUGAAAAUAUUUGACAAAUAGAAAAUGAACUAUUUUGUAGAACAUGAUAGAAAAUGUGAAAAGGAUUACUUUUGUACAGGUUCCACUAUAUAUUUUGUAUGAGAUAAAUAAAAAUAGUUUGAAUGAAA